AAUUUGAUUUGCCGGUUGCGGUGUGGCGCGAGCUGGGUGAUAGUUUUGCUGAAUCGUUUUCUCGCUAUUUUGGGACUUUCUUUGUACGACCCUUCUUUCUUCAACAUUUUGCGUUAAACACUAUUUUAUCUUCAAAAUGACUGAUACUCAACUGAAGGCCAAGAACAGUAUAACCUUGAAAGGUUCGGCCGAAAUUGUGAUGGAGUAUUUAAACUUUGGAAUCAACAGUAUUCUAUUUCAAAGGGGAGUCUAUCCUCCUGAAACAUUCAAAACUGUUGAAAACUUUGGCCUGUCUAUAUUUGUGUCAACUGAUGAAAAGAUCAUAUCCUUUGUGGAUACAGUUCUUAAGCAAAUGAAAGACUGGUUAUUGGAAGAGAAAGUACAGAAAAUCUCAAUGAUCAUCACAAACAUCACCACCAAAGAAGCUUUAGAACGUUGGGAUUUUAACGUCAAGUAUGAAGCUGGGUCUGGUGGAAGCACUGAUAUUCAGGAACUGAAGGACACUAAAGUUGCUAGAAAUGGCAAAGUCAACGACGCUUCGAAGGUUGGCAACAAGGAGUUGAAAGUUAUCCAAAAUGAAAUUCGAGACGUGCUCCGUCAGAUUUGUUCUACAGUCAGCUUCUUGCCACUCUUGGACUGUCUUUGUGCAUUUGAUGUACACAUCUAUACCAAUCAAGAUUGUGAGGUGCCUGAGGAGUGGAAUGAGACUGCGCCAUGUGUCAUAGCGAAUUCACAAGAACUUCAACUGCGAACUUUCUCCACUUCACUCCAUCACAUGGCCACUGUGGUGAGCUACAAAGCUGAGUAGUCAGAGCCGAUUUCAACCAAUUUUGUGAUACUUUCAUUUUUUAUUUGUACAUAUAUGGCAAGUUCUUCCUACUCAGUUUUAGUGUAACAAUAUUAUUCAUGGUUCAAUGAGAUCCGAUUGAUCUUGAGUAUGUUUGUUUCAUAGCAGAAAUUAAUUUUCCCUCUACAAUCUUUCUUGAAUUAAUUAAUCGUGAUCAUAUCUUGUGAGUCUUUCCUACUCAUGUAGUUAUUUAAGACUGCUGGUCGGUAAACUAGGUAAUUUUCCAGUUUUAAAAUUUUAAAGUAUUUCAUGACAUGCUUACUUCAAACACAAUACAUGGAAUCUGCCAAGUAUUUUCUUGAAAGAACAUAUCUGUAUGCAAGAUGCAUUUUAGUGUUACUUGUAAUGAUAAUGAUUUUUCUUGUAUGUGUUACUUGAUUUUGAUGACACUCACAUAUGAAGCCUACCAUUUUCCAUUCUUUUCAAUAAUAAUAUCUAAUGUAUUCUAUGUUUUCUUUUUGUCAUGAAAUACAAUUAACUCAAUGUUCCACA